UCUGAGACAUCUCUGCCCCCUUUAAUUCACCAAGGGCGUCAUCCGACCGGCCGAGGCGACUGCGCAGGGGACCUUGGACGCUUGCUCCCCUUGGCGACCCCACGCUGCCCGCCGGAGAGGGGACAGCGUCCCGCUCCUCCCGGGAGCCGCCGCGGAGGCGCACACGUCCCACGGCCGGCCUCCACGGGCCGCCGGGGCUGCGGCUCCUGGUCAGGCCACGCCGGACCCUCUCCUCAGCCGCGGGGAGGUCGCUGAGGGUCCCGCGCGCGGGGCGGGGCCCCGGGCCUGUCCCCCUCCCCGCGGCGACGCGCGGGCACCGGGCGGGGCCGCCGUCCCUUCCGGGGAGCGGUGCCCGGCGCCGCGUCUGCCGGGCGGCUCGCCUCCCCGCCCCCCGCCGCUCUGGGUGACGCUUCUCCCAGCACAGCUCGCGGGCAGCCGCAGCGCAGCCACCGCCGGCGCCCCUCCGCGCCGGCCCAGCCCGCGCGGCCCGCCCGCCUCGCCACCACCAUGAGGGCCGAGGGCGACGGCGGCCUGGAGCGCUUCUGCAGCCCGGGCAAGGGCCGGGGGCUGCGCGCUCUGCGGUGCUUCCAGGUGGGGGACCUGCUCUUCUCCUGCCCGGCCUACGCCUACGUGCUCACGGUCAACGAGAGGGGCAACCACUGCGAGUACUGCUUCGCCAGGAAAGAAGGAUUGUCCAAAUGUGGAAGAUGCAAGCAGGCAUUUUACUGCAAUGUGGAGUGUCAGAAAGAAGAUUGGCCCAUGCAUAAGCUGGAAUGUUCUCCCAUGGUUGUUUUUGGGGAAAACUGGAAUCCCUCAGAGACUGUAAGGCUAACAGCAAGGAUUCUUGCCAAACAGAAAAUCCACCCCGAGAGAACACCUUCAGAGAAACUCUUAGCCGUGAAGGAGUUUGAAUCACAUCUGGAUAAAUUAGACAAUGAGAAGAAAGAUCUGAUUCAGGGUGACAUUGCUGCUCUCCACCACUUCUACUCCAAGCACCUGGAAUUCCCAGACACCGAUGGCCUGGUUGUGCUGUUCGCACAGGUUAACUGUAAUGGCUUCACAAUUGAGGACGAAGAACUUUCUCAUUUGGGGUCUGCAAUAUUUCCUGAUGUUGCAUUGAUGAAUCACAGUUGUUGCCCCAAUGUCAUUGUGACCUACAAGGGGACCCUGGCUGAAGUAAGAGCUGUACAGGAAAUCCACCCGGGAGAGGAGGUUUUUACCAGCUACAUCGACCUCCUGUACCCAACAGAGGAUAGGAAUGACCGGUUACGAGAUUCCUACUUCUUUACCUGUGAGUGCCAGGAGUGCACCACCAAAGACAAGGAUAAGGCGAAGGUGGAAAUCCGGAAGCUCAGCGACCCUCCAAAGGCAGAGGCCAUCCACGACAUGGUCAGAUACGCACGCAAUGUGAUCGAGGAGUUCCGCAGGGCCAAGCACUACAAAUCCCCUAGUGAGCUGCUGGAGAUCUGCGAACUCAGCCAGGAGAAGAUGAGCUCCGUGUUUGAAGACAGCAACGUGUACAUGCUGCACAUGAUGUACCAGGCCAUGGGCGUCUGCUUGUACAUGCAAGACUGGGAAGGAGCCCUGAGAUACGGGCAGAAAAUCAUUAAGCCUUACAGUAAACACUACCCUUCGUACUCGCUCAACGUGGCCUCCAUGUGGUUGAAGCUGGGAAGACUUUACAUGGGUCUGGAGAACAAAGCUGCCGGAGAGAAAGCGCUGGGAAAGGCAUAACACUGCACUGAAUGUGUAUCCAUAAUUUAUUCAGCCGUUUUCCUAUUUAUGGGCAUGUGGUUUUUCCAGUUUACUAUUAUAAACAAUGCUGCAGUGAACAAUCUCAGGCAUUUAACUUUGCUGACAUGUGGCAGCACUCUGUGGGAUAGAUUCCUAGAAGUGGAAUUUCAGGAUCAAGUAGUGGAAACAUUCUCAUUUGAACAAAUAUGGCCUCUUUUCCUUUUUAAAAAGCUGCAUUAGGUGCCAAAAGGGUAUAAUAACAUUUGUAAUAUUUGUUUUCCUGUGCCCUUAUAACACUGUAUGAUUUAAAAAUUAUUUUGCCUAUCUACUGUGUGAGACACUGUUUUAUAUGCAAUUGUUAAUGAAAUUGGGCACUCUUUCAUACACUUAAGAAUUAUUGUGUUUCCUCUGUGAGUUGAUAUUCAUGGCCAUUGCCUAUUGUGCUAUUCAUGCCUCACAUAAUAAUUUAUAAGAGUUCAGUGUAUAUUGGAAUAUUGGUUUUGUCAUGUACAGAAAAUAUUUUUCCCCUGGCUGUCCAUUAACUUUUUUUCAUGACACCUGCUGUGCAAAAGCAGAUUGUUUUCAUCUUUGAAAACAAAUUUUUUUUUUAAUCCUAUUUUUUAUUUAACUCACUGAUGGGUGUGGAAUUUUCAUUUAAUAGAGAUCUAAUUUUAUUUUUCAAUUUUCACACAUACAUGGUCAAUUAAUAUGUGAGAAAAUAAUCAUGAAUGUACAAUGGGGAAAAGACAGCCUCUUCAAUAACUGGAGUUGGGAAAACUGGACAGCUACAUGCCAGAGAAUGAAACUGGAUCACUGUCUAAUUCCAUACACAAAAGUAAACUCGAAAUAGAUCAAAGAUCUGAAUGUAAGACAUGAAAGGAUAAAACUCUUAGAAGAAAACAUAGGCAAAAAUCUGUAAGUGUGAACAAUGUUUUCCUAGAUACAGCUCCUUGAGCAAGGGAAACAAAAUAGAAAAUGAACAAGUGGGACUACAUCAAACUAAAAAUCUUCUAUACAGCAAAGGACACCAACAGCAGAACAAAAAGCUACCCUACAGUAUGGGAGAACAUAUUUGUAAACGAUUUAUCCGAUAAGGGGUAAACAUCCAAAAUAUAUAAAGAGCUUAUAUGCCCCAACACCAAAAAUAAAUAAAUAACCCGAUUAAAAAAUGGGCAAAGGACCUGAACAGACAUUUCUUCAAAGAAGAAAUAUGGAUGGCCAACAGUCACAUGAAAAGAUUCUCCACAUCACUAAUCAUCAGGAAAAUCAAAACCACAAUGAGGUAUCACCUCACACCAGUUAGAAUGGCCACUAUCCAAAAGACAAGAAAUAACAAGUGUUGGUGAGAAUGUGGAGAAAUGGGAACCCUCCUACACUGUUGGUGGGAAUGUCAACUGGUACAACUUCUGUGGGCAACUGUGGAGAUUCCUCAAAAAUAGAAAUACCAUUUGACCCAGUAAUUCCACUUCUAGGAAUUUACCCAAAGAAAACAAAAUCCCUGAUUUGAAAAGUUACAUGCACCCCUAUGUUUAUUGCUGCAUUACUUACAGUAGCCAAGAUAUGAAAGCAACCAAAGUGUCCAUCAGUAGAUGAAUGGAUAAAGAAGAUGUGGUACAUAUACACAAUGGAAUAUUAUUCAGCCAUAAAAAAAGAAAUCCUGCCAUUUGCAACAGUGUGAAUGGAUCUAGAGGGUGUUAUGUUCAAUGAAAUAAGCCAGGUAGAGAAAGACAAAUACCAUAUGAUUUCAGUUAUUUGUGAAUACAAAAAUAAAGCCAAACAGAAAGAACAGAACGGCAGCAGACUCAUAGACACUGAGAAGUGACUAGUGGUUACCAUGGGGGGAAUUGGGGGGGAGGAGGGGGAUAAAAGGGCACAAAAAUUCUCCAUCAUGAUACAAGUUGGUCACAGGGACUGUAGUACAGCAUGGAGAAUGUAGUCAAUGAUGCUGUGACAUCUGUGUUGACAGACAGUAGCCACAGUAGUUGGGGUGAGGAUUUAAUAAUAUGAGUAACUGCUAAACUGCUGUACUGAAUAUUUGAAAACAAUGGAAGAUUGUAUAUCAGUGAUACUUAGAUUUUUAAAAAUUUAAUUUUCAAAAUUGCUAGCCACUUCAUCUUACUACACUGAUGGACAGUGACUGCAUUGGGGUGUGGGUGGGGACUUGAUAAUAUGGGUAAAUGUAGUAACCACAUUGUUUUUUCAUGUGAAACCAUAAGAGUGUAUAUCAAUAAUACCUUAAUAAAAAAAUUUU